CUUGGCCGGCGCCAGCCGAGGCCACUGUCGCCUCCGUGUCCCUUCGUGCCGUGGGGACGCUCGGAGCGUGACGUCGUCCGGCCGCGCCUAGCCAUGGGCCUGAUACUCGCCAAGCUGUGGAGUUUCUUCUGUGACCUAGAACACAAAGUAAUAAUAGUGGGACUUGACAACGCAGGAAAGACCACCAUUCUUUACCAGUUCUUAAUGAAUGAAGUGGUCCAUACAUCUCCAACCAUAGGAAGCAAUGUUGAAGAAAUAGUAGUAAAAAAUACCCAUUUCCUUAUGUGGGAUAUUGGAGGACAGGAAUCAUUGCGGUCAUCGUGGAAUACCUAUUAUUCAAAUACAGAGUUCAUCAUUCUUGUUGUUGACAGCAUUGACAGAGAACGACUUUCUAUUACAAAAGAAGAACUUUACAGAAUGUUGGCUCACGAGGAUUUACGGAAGGCUGCAGUUCUCAUCUUUGCAAAUAAGCAGGACAUGAAAGGUUGUAUGACAGCUGCUGAAAUAUCUAAAUACCUCACCCUUAGUUCUAUAAAGGAUCACCCAUGGCACAUUCAAUCCUGCUGUGCUUUGACAGGAGAAGGAUUAUGCCAAGGUCUGGAAUGGAUGACUUCCCAUAUUGGAGUGAGAUAACUUAUUGCAAAAAAGACUGCAUCUAUUUAUUCUGUGAACAUGAACAUUUUCCUGGUAUUUUCGUUGCUAAGGCAGUGACUAUGUUUAAAUUAUAACAACUGAAACCUCUGAGCAGCACUUGAAUCAAGCGCAGCUGAACUGAAACACAAAGUAUUUUAACAUUUUUUUUAAUGCACUACUCUUCCACAGGAUGAACAAGUGAAUUUGUUUCAGUAUCAAAGUUCUCCUGACUUCUAUUUUUUUUUAAUGGUUGCCUUGUAAAAUAUCUUUCAUCAUGGAAAAUAUUUCACACUUACAUUUUGUAAUGAUGCAAACUGUUUCUGUAAUUUACUACCAUAGAUAAAUUUCUUCAUUUCUGUAUUUACACUGGAAGAGAGUGAGUAGACUGACCUUUACCCUAGCAUAAGUUUAAUUAUAUAAAAAAUUGAGCUAUCUGUGUUCAGAUAGAUGGCUCUCUCAAAGAAUGGUUAAAAGUCAGCAUUGAAACAGUUAUAUGCUUUUUUUUAUUUGUGUAAUGGAAUUUGUGCCUUAAAAGAAAACAUACUCUAUUUUAUUCCCAUAUGCUGGGUAAGUAGUUUUGUGUUCUAUUUUACCUGAAAACACAACUUGACAUGGUGGAUAAAUUUAAAUACAUUUACAUUUUAAAUACAUGUUUUCUUUUUUUUAAAUGAACCAGUUUAAAAACUUGAAAUUAAGUGCUAAACUUGGUAUAUUCUAUUAAAAUCUCUUAAUUAAAGAAGUUCUGUAUCCUAUAUGCAGUGCACUUAAACAUUUUUAUUUAACUUAGAAACAAUUUUAAAAUGUUCUUCUGUAUAUUUGUAACGUAAUUUCAAAAUAUAGUUCAACACAAAUCUAGAGCAAAAAAAAAUCCAUCAAAUAAAUAUUUUAUUCAUAAUCUCACAAUGUGCAAAUGAAGAAUCUGAAUAAAUAGUAAAGCUAUAUUAUUCUUUAAACAAAUAUGUAUAUAGAAUAUCCUCCUGAUUUAGCAAAAAUAUUUGAUUACAUGUGUUUUUAUACCAACCAAUAAGAAUGAACCUUUCUUUAGGGGAGAAAAUUAAAAGCACAAAUACAAAACAGUUUAAAUUACUGCUCCCUGAUUACAAAAAGGAACUUAAAACAACAUUGAUUAAAAUCCGUGCACCCUACUGCUUUAUAAACUCUGACUGUGGUAAAACUACAGUGAAUAUACUGAACGUGAAAUGUUCUGAGAUGUUGCACUAUACUUUAACAAUGCAGAUUUUUAGUGAAAUAUUGUAGACAUUAUUUCCCACAAGAGCACUUACCAAAUCUGAUCUAGUUCUCGUUCAGCUGCAUGUGUUAGAAGACAAUUGUUCUACAUGGAAGCAUAGCAUACCAGAAUGAAACAUAGCUUGCUAAGAAAAUAUUUGUAUAGAAAACAUCAGUGAGCAGUUCUUCACACCACAACCUCUCCCUCCAAAAUAAGUUGAAUAUGACCUAUUUCAGGGUAUGUCUACACAGCAACGUUAUUUUGGAAUAACGGCCAUUAUUCCAAAAUAACUAUGCGAGUGUCUACACAGCAAUUCCGUUAUUGCAAAA